GGAAUCACCAAAUCUUGCAACGGCCAUGGCAGCAAGUUCCAGGACAAGAGGCCGAGGCCAGCCGGGGCUAUGAGAUUGCGGUGUCCGCGGUAUGCCGCGGCAGGCGUGUCGUUUCGAGCUCGGCUGCCAGAACCGCAACAGCGCAUUGGCCCAUUCCUGAGAGUUGCCCAGUCCCAAACGCGCUGUCCUUCGUUCAGGUGAGACCACGCCCUUUCAGGGCUGCGCAAGAGGACCUUCAAACCCAAAGCUUGCAAGUUUGGACGGUUGCCGUUGGCUGCCAGGGCCGGCUCGAUCUCAAAGAGGCGGUGGGCUUUGAGAGAAAGCGACGUCCCAGCUUGGCCUCGCUCAGAUGAUUGCAGAAGCCGAAUGGGUGCUGGAGGACAACGGCACGGUAAAAGAGACCAAAACUGUGUUGGGAAAAGCGCAGAAGAUAUAUCCAGAGAAGUGGACCCUUUCAGGCGACAAAUGGAAGAGGGCCGCCUGAACUGGAUCAAGGAGGCCAUCGAGGCGCGGGAGGGCCUCAAUGCGUCAAGGACAGGGCAAGUGGGAUGCGAGCGAUUGCGAGCAGAACGACAAUAAUUGGUACCUCGUCGAUGCCUUGGACAAGCACCCCACGGGGAAGCUGCCUGCGAAGACGGUGACGGCCUGCAGCCCCGACAGGCAGCACUACUCCAACUGCAUCAAAGAUGGUGGAGAGUGUGUCUACAUGGAGGCGUGGAAAACGCAGGAGCUGCGUGGCCCAUGGGAGUUUGGAGGUGCACUACGCAUCCUUUUGGCUGGAGGACAAGCCCAUACACAAGCCGGCAAACUGCAGGAUUCCGAGGCGAACGACUUUGCCACCGUGCAAUAUGCUUUGUGUGGAGAUCUGGACACCAUGGGGACGAAGCUGCCGAGCAGACUUUUCACAAACCUUUCUGUGGACGGGAUUUCUUGCAAAGUGGCUGUGUGCUCCGCCUGGGUGAAAAGCCUUCUUGCAGAGAAGCACUUUGCCGAGCUUGUGAUUUUGUGAAAGGACCGAAGCGACCCCAAAUCACAAUAUAGGCUGGAAGAUAUUGUCGGGUUUUGGCUCACCACAUUGUGGUGUCGCAAGCGCUUGAGACCUGGGAAAUAACGAAUACAGGAGAAACAACGGCCUCCUGGAAUCACGAGGAUGGCAAAAUAUUUGGUAUUUCCUGACGGCUUGGCAUUGCUGCAGCGAUUCCAACGAGCGCAGAUGGCUUCAAGCCGUGAAAGGCGACCGGGCGAAAUGCCUUGCUUGACUUCAACCAUGGCAUCUCUGUGACAAACGCCCCGAACGACAGCAUCAAACCGACAUUUGUACAGGGGCUGCGUGACAUUUUUGAAGGCUGCAAGGGAGAACACAGUCUCACCCUCUCUUUUUGGGUGACAGGAGACCCGCAGCAAUUCAAACCGGAUUCAGGUGCCCAGAUCAAGUAUUUGAUGGCGUUGGCACAGGGAGGCAGUGUGUUCCAGAAUGUGUCUGUACAGGUCGUGCAGAUUCCAAAGACGCUGGACAGACUGCCGGAAGCCUGAUAUCCUGAAAAAGGGCGGAAUGUGUUGAAACUGCGGGGCACGGGGCGCCGAAAUCAGAUCGCAGUUAGAAUCGGUA